AUGGCUAGUUCAUCUACAGGGUCAAUGACUUCAGGAUUUCAAAAUGUUAAUGUCAAUUUCAGGAACAGAAACAACCCCAUGGUUUUGUGUCGUUAUGGUGUUGAGGCUAGCUUCUCAAUUUCGUGGACGGACAAGAAUCCUGGAAGAAAAUUUAGGGGAUGCACCAACUACAAGAUCCUUCCAGGUAUUGUAAGUUCUUCAUGUGGCUGGACCCACCUUUGCCUAGUGAAGAUUACAAAAACCUGA